GCUCAGAUUGCGCCCGGGAUAUCCCAUACUGCCAGUAUCGUCACUCGGUCUCGAUUGUGCCAUAUACUCAACAGAUCCGUCGUCUCCACCUUCACCAAGAUAAUAUAAAGCACCAGCGACGGCGCGCCACGGCUGGAUCACACCUCCGUGCUGGAGAGGGUCUUCAGCGAUACUCACUACAUGGAACACCGCCUAGCACGGUAGCCGCACGAGCGAUAAGCACCACGACUCCGACAUCGCCCUCGGCUCAGUGUAUGAGAAACAAACAUGCGACCCAGGUCGAGAGCGCAAAUUAUGAAGUCAGAGGAUCUUGAUGAGGAUGCGCCAGCAGAUGAGAUGGAUGAAGGAGAGACCAACGCAGAAGCACAAUCCGAGACCUCUGAGGAGGCGCAAACAGAUGAAAGUGAUGCCGAAGGACAAACUGCGGAUGAGGAUGACGAGGAUGGCGAAAUUGUGGGUGCCGUGAAAACAAGAACCACAGCGUCACGGCCUCGGGAAGAAUCUCAUGAUGAGGAGGAAUCUUCUACGGAAGACGACGACGAUCAGAAUGUAACCUCUAGCGCCAACUCUUCGGACGAAGCAGAGACAUGGGACGGCGAUGAUGAUGGCGACGAGGAAAACGACGACGCCAAAAUCGAGGAUGCGAAUGGCGCAAAUUGCGUGUAAGUCUUGGUUGUCCGCAUGCAAGAUAAUUCACAUACUUUGACUUACAUCAGCAUUUCCAGCUUCUGCCAGCAAGACGAGGACCACGACCCUGCUGAGGAGUAUGAAGAGUAUCUCGCAUGCGCUAUAUGUGGUGAUCAUGGUGCGUGCACAUUGGCGUCCAGAGUGGUCUCAUCACGAUAGACGCAAUUCUUCAUGUUUGCUAUGCUGAUCUAUAUCCUACAGCCCAUCGACAUUGCGCGAGAAGCAAAGGUUUGAGCCCGCUGGUAACCGAACAAGACGUCACUGAUUGGACAUGCGAUCGCUGCGCUCGAGAUGACUCGCAGGCGAAUCUCAAG